AUGAAAUAAAUAUAAUACCUACUGUCGGUAUAAAAUCUCACAGUAUCAAUUCAGCCUUCAUACUCUUCACAGUAUUGAAUAUUAUUACAAAACGUACGUUUAAUAAUCGUUCAAUUAUUUUGAAAGCAUAAAGCUUUAUAACGUAAUUAUAUAUUUACAUAUUGUAAACAUGCAGAACAUUACAUACGAAAACGACGAGAACGACAAGACUCUGCAGUCUUCGUCCCCAUCGACGGCCUCGACUUCCGAGCCAAUAAUGAAACCGCAAGACGGACAAACAGAAAAAGUCUCGACUUGUGAAAAUUUAUCGACUGCAAAACGACCUUACGGGUCGAUGCCGAAUUUAACGGCGUCUAUAACAACCGGUGAUGACACUGCAGCCGCGGUCCAAGCGCCGACUGUAGCCGUUGCGGUACAGCAAAUUUCCGCAGAACCGCUCGAGUCGGAAAACUGCGCCGAACCGCAAAUGCGGGAAAACAUCGGGUUGAUGAACGCGGCAGUGGUGGUGCCACCAGCAGCUGCCGCGGAAAAAGACGUGAUCCGAUCGCCGUCGGUCACGUCCGAUCGGAAGGUUUCUGAAGGACCAAAACACGACGGAUCGGGCGAACUGCAGGAUGCCAAGAUGAGCCGAGACUUCGCCGUUCGUCUGCCGGGGAGAUUAUGGUAUUCAAUGCCAAACAUUGCGAUCCAUUAUACGGAUAAAGUUUUUUACGAGACUACCGAAAUCGAGUGCAUUGCACCGACGCUGGUUUCCAGUGAUUCGUUGACAACUGCGACAGAGCCCGCAGACGAGAUUACGCCGGUAAAAAUCAAACGUCGCUCGAUGUGGAAGCGGGCGAGGAAAUUCGUUCGUCGCGUUUUUUGUUGCGCUGCGUGAUGUGUUGGUCUUACCUACAUCGUUCGCUGUUCUUAAAAACCACUCAACUUACGAACUUGAAAUUUGGAAUAGUAGUAAAAAAUAAUACCCACAUCAUUGCAACAUCAAUACAUU